AUCUCAUUAGUCAAGAAGAGGGCACUUCGUCGUCUCCAACUCAGCUGUAUCUUUUUCAGUCCCCCAUCUAAGAAAAACCUCCAACAUCUCUGCAAUCAACCCAGGAAAGCCAUAGUGCCAGUGUCCCCUUCUUCUGCGAUUAAUCGAGACGAUUCGGAUGGGUCGCAAAGCAGGUUCGAUAUACAUUAAUCCAAAGAAAUUUGGUGCUUUUCACAAACCUUGCAUGAAGGAAAUGGUAACAUUUCUCAGUUGCUUGGCUCUUAACAGCAACUGUGAUGAGAAGUGUGUAAGGCAGAAGGACCUUUUGAGUACUUGUAUGGAUUCUCAGAGCAAGAAAAACAAGUCAAUGGGAAGCAUUAAUUACCACUUGCAGAGGCUGAGCAGGGGAAGGAAGUAAUUUGUGUCUUGUAGAGAGCAAACUUAUAACUAAGGUUUGAUUCUUUGCAGUCAUCGGGUGGCAGAUGGUAAGUUAGGGAAGCUGUUCUAUUGUUGCACCUUUAGAAUGUUAACAUAUAAUUCUCCAUUUUGAUUGUAGUGCCUAAGCUGUGAGAAAUUAUGGAGAUAUUAUUUUCAACAAUUCUCUUGUAGUUGAAUGAUAUUUCAACGAAUUUUGUAAUAAUAUGUAAACCAGUCUUGAACAAUUACUCCUCUAAUUAAAGAAACAUAAUAUCUGUAAGAAAAGUUUAGAGAUGCUGAAAUUGUAAUUUA